AUGGCAAGACUCAUUACUUUCGUCUUGUUUCUAAUACUAUUGCACUUGAGUUUAGUCAACUCUAUUGCACCUCUGUACAACAUCACUCACAUCUACCUACAAGGUUUCAACUCUCCUGAAGGAAUUGCUGUUGGUAAUAAUAAUGAACUUUUCAUUUCAGAUUCCAAAAACCACCUUGUGAAAAGAUUAGAUUUGACAACAUUGAAAGUAACAAUCGUGGCAGGAACUGGAAUUGCUGGAAACGACACUAAUACUACAGCUACAGGUGCCAUGCUGAAUUAUCCAGGUGGUAUAUGUGUUACAUCAGAAGGAAAGUUAUUGAUUGCUGACACUUUAAAUCAUGUCAUUAGAGAAGUAAGCAAUGGACAGAUUAAAACAAUUAUUGGAAAAUGUGGAGUUUCUGGUGUUGCCAAUGAUUUGAAUACCCUCCCUACAAAUGCAUACCUAAAUCAGCCGAAAUAUGUUACCUCACUUCCAAAUGGCAAUAUUUACUUUUCAGAUUCAUUGAAUUACAGAGUUAGAAAGUAUACGAAAGCUAAUAAUUUCAUCUCUACUCAGCAACUUAUUGUACAAGGUUCUCUAUCCGCUGGAGUCGCAGCCUUUUCUAGUACUGAAAUGACUUUUGCUGAACCAGGUACUCAUCGUUUAAUUAGGACAGGCUCUGGAGCUACUUCCUAUUUAGGUGUUGGGUCUGCUGGUUAUGCCGAUGGCAGUGCAUUCAAUGCCUUGUAUAACGCACCUACUGGAGUUGCUUAUGGACCCAACAAGGAUCUUUACAUUGCUGACAGAGGAAAUCAUGUUGUUCGUGUUGUGAAAUUUUCUUAUGGAACUACUGGUACCCAAAAUUUAGCUACAAUUUCAUUAUUUUCAGGCGUUGCUAAAACUCCUGGAAGUGAUUUGGUAAAGAUGAAUAAUACCUAUGAUGUGGAUGUUAGUUCAGAAGGUCAUAUUUUUAUUCUUGAUACUGGUAAUCUCCGUAUUAGAAAAAUUGAACCUUAUUGCACAGGAGGUUAUGUAUACAAUGCUACUAUGAAUGAAUGUGUAGCUGUAUGUUUCGGUUAUCCCCAAUAUAGUGGAGAUGUCUGUUCUGGAAGAGGUGUUUGUUUGAAUUUUGACAUUUGUAAUUGUUUCAAUAGUUCACUUUGGGGAGGAGAAUUUUGUGAAAUUCCUAAAUGUAAUAAUAUAAUGGCUAAUGAUACUAGUGUUUGUUCUGGAAUUGGUACAUGUGUCUAUGCAAAUAAUUGCUCAUGUUGGAAUUCAACUUUUUGGGGAGGUCAAAAUUGUGACAUUCACAAAUGUGGAAAUGUUUUGGCAAAUUCUCCAAGCGUAUGUUCAGGAAAUGGAAAUUGUCUAGCACCUGGAGUUUGUAACUGUACCGAAAUGUAUGGUGGUUCCAAUUGUAACGUUCCUAAAUGUUCGAAUAUUUUGGCCACUAGUCCAGAAGUUUGUUCCUAUUCGAAAGGUCGAUGUGUUUCUCCUAACAAUUGUUCAUGCUCUGAAGGAUAUCAUGGAAGUAACUGUGAAUUAGUUUCUUGCUUUGGUGUCAAGAACACUAGUUUGAAUGUUUGCUCAGGAAAGGGAGUUUGUCUCUCAUUGAAUAAUUGUACAUGUCAACAAGGUUUCUAUGGAGAAAAGUGUCAGUAUUACGAUUGUUUCAGUGUAAGAAAUGAUAAGAAGGAUGUUUGUUCAUCACAUGGUAAUUGUUCCAAUAUCGAUACAUGUAAUUGUACAAAACCUUACUAUGGAACAAACUGUGAAAAAUUUGAUUGUUAUGGAAAGGCUCAAGAUUCGAUUUCAGUUUGUUCUUCAAGAGGAUUCUGCUCAUCACUUGAUAACUGCACAUGUCAAGAAGGAUAUUAUGGAAAAGAAUGUGAAAAAUUCAACUGUUAUGGAGUGAAUUCACUCAACUCUACAGUUUGUUCAGGAAAAGGAAGUUGCGUUUCUGCUAACAAUUGUACCUGCCAACAAGGGUUUUAUGGAAGCAAUUGUGAAUUAUUCGAUUGCUAUGGUGUUAGAAAAGAUAAGAGAGAUGUUUGUUCAUCACAUGGUAAUUGCACAAAUAUUGACACUUGUAAUUGUACAAAACCUUAUUAUGGACAAAAUUGUGAAAAAUUUGAUUGUUAUGGAAAGGCUCAAGACUCACUUUCAGUUUGUUCUUCAAGAGGAAUCUGCUCAUCACUUGAUAAUUGUACAUGUCAAGAAGGUUAUUAUGGAAAAGAAUGUGAAAAAUUCAACUGCUAUAAUGUUUCCUCACUCAACUCAACUGUUUGUUCUGGAAAGGGAGUUUGUGUCUCCCUGAAUAACUGUACCUGUCAACAAGGUUUCUAUGGAGAAAGAUGCCAAUAUUAUGAUUGUUUUAGUAUCAGAAAUGAUAUGGGAGAUGUUUGUUCAGCAAGAGGUAUCUGCUCUUCUCUUGAUAACUGCACAUGCAAGGAAGGUUAUUAUGGCAAAGAGUGUGAAAAGUUUAAUUGCUAUAAUGUUAGCUCACUCAAUUCGAAUGUGUGUUCUGGAAAAGGAGUGUGUCUCUCAUUGAAUAAUUGUUCUUGUCAACAAGGUUUCUAUGGAGAAAGUUGUCAGUAUUAUGAUUGUUUCAGUGUAAGAAAUGAUAAGAAGGAUGUUUGUUCAUCACAUGGUAAUUGUUCCAAUAUCGAUACAUGUAAUUGUACAAAACCUUACUAUGGACAAAAUUGUGAAAAAUUUGAUUGUUAUGGAAAGGCUCAAGACUCACUUUCAGUUUGUUCAUCAAGAGGAAUCUGCUCAUCACUUGAUAACUGCACAUGUCAAGAAGGUUACUAUGGAAAAGAAUGUGAAAAAUUCAACUGUUAUGGAGUGAAUUCACUCAACUCUACAGUUUGUUCUGGUCACGGUAAUUGUACAGACAAAGACACUUGUGCAUGUAAAUCAAGCCACUAUGGAUACAAUUGUGAAAUUCCAAAUCCAUGUACUUUACAAUGUGUAAAUGGAACUUGUUUAAACGAAACUGGAAUUGCUAUUUGUAAAUGUGAUUCAGGAUAUGGAGGAAGUUUAUGUGAUUUAUUUGAUUGUUUUGGUGUAUCAAGUUUGAAUCAAUCUGUUUGCUCUGCUUCUGGCACAUGUCAAUCUCCAGAUGUUUGUGAAUGUCAAUUGGGUUAUUUUGGUUUGGAUUGUGACAUUUUCAAUUGUUCAAGGGUUAAUAAGAGCAUUUGUCAAAAUGGUUAUCAAUGCUUAACUAGUGGUACUUGUACUUGCUCAGAAGAAUGGGGUGGAGACAAAUGUGACAAAAUCAAAUGUUAUUCUCUGACUUUUGACAUGCCAAAUGUUUGCUCUGGUCAUGGCAAAUGCUCUAGUUACAAUAAUUGCACAUGUAAUAAUGGUUGGAACGGUUUAGAAUGUUCUCUGGCCAAAUGUAAUGGAGUUCUUUCGAAUAACGAAAGUGUUUGUUCUGGAAAGGGUAAAUGUCUGAAACCAGACGAAUGCUCAUGCAAAACUGGAUUCACAGGAGGAAACUGUCAAUACAAUGUUUGCUAUUCCAAGUCAGAAAUUGAUUCAAAUGUAUGUUCAGGUAAUGGCCAAUGUAAAUCUCCAAACAAUUGUGAAUGUUUGAAAGGUUUCGUUGGAAAUGAAUGUCAAUAUCUCAGUGUUCAAAUGGAUGUUGAUAAUGCUAUAAUUUAUUCCUAUUCUAAUGUAUUGAACAUGUUUUUGAAUGAAUCUGUAGUUGAAGGAUGUGAAAAUUUCAUUCAAGAAAAUGAUAUUUCCAAAUUUGGUCAAGUUGACUUGCUUAAAUGUCAAUGGAGAAGAAAUAAUCUCAAGAUUUAUUUAGGAUAUAAUCAUCUAAUUGAAACUGGUUCAAUUAUCAAGACAACAUUUGGAAUUCAACUCCAAGUUGACUUUGAAAUUCCUCAAACUCCUUCCACUCCAUCCAUUCAGCAACUCGUAGAUUUGAUUCCAUCCUCUCAGGACUUGAUUAUCAGAUCAUACAUUCCACCUUCAUAUCAUCAUUUCAAGAAAAUUUCUCAAAUUUGGUCUUCCUCCAUUGAAACUGUUUCUUCCACCUUGGUCAAUUAUGCAAACAAGACAGUUAUUAGUAUUCCAAAGAGUAUAUUGAAAGAUAUUCCGAAUGUAUUCGAUAUUGUGAUGAAUACGACUAAUGAGAAGUAUAUUUCGACUUCAAGUGUUAAAAAUCUUCAAGUCAACCCAGAAGGACAACUUAUUCCUUCCUUUAAUGUUUUGAUUGAUAAUCUUGAAUGUAAAGGAUAUAAUUGUUUAUUUGAAGUAUCUCCUCUGUCAUUAAAUACUUCACUUUCGUAUGAUGUAUCUGGAAUGAUAAAUACAGAGCUUUCUAAUAAGCAAAUGAUAAGAAUUCCACAAGAAAAUUUGUCAACUUUUAAGGUAAUAGGUACGCAUAGGGAAUCUAAAUCAACUCUAAAUAUCGACUAUCCUAUCAAAAAGUCACCAAUCAAUUCAAUUGACUUGAGAUUAACUAAUGUUAACAGAACUAUUUCUCUAAAUUCAGGAAAGUUAACAAUUGCAUUAGAAAGUGAUGAUCCUUUCGUUUCUUCUAUUACAAAAUCUUAUUCUUGGUAUUGUUACAGAACUUUAGACAAGUCAAUUAUGGAUGUUUCGAAUAAUUUAUGUCAAGGAACAUCUUGCCAAUUAGAAACGGAUUUUAAUUCUCUUGGAUUCUUUGAAGGUAUCUAUUUGAUAGGAACCAAUGUUACGACAGCGGAAAGUACCUUCUCCUAUUUUGGUUACAUUGAAUUGGUCAACUCUGCCACUUCUGUUCCUAAGUUAACACCAGAUUACAUUCCAUCAGUAUAUCCAGAAGGAAAGAAUCUUUCGUUAUAUUGUGUGGUCGAAUCUGAAAGUUUAGUUACUUUGAAUUGGAAAGUCUUGAAUGGAAAAUUGAGAAAUUCUCCAAAUCUUGAACUUUUCACAGUUUCUAAUAUUCUUGUUGGAAACUCCCUAGAAGUUUACCUUAAUAUUGGAAAAGAAUAUCUUAUUGAAGGUGAAUUUUACGAAUUUGAAUUGGAAACUACAAAUACAGAUGGCUCUUCCAAGUUGACACUUUCUACUAGAAUCGAUAUGAAACCAAGAUUUACUUGUUUAUUAGAAACAGUGAAAAACGAAAGGGAUAUUAUUGCUCAUGAAACUUUGGUUUCUAUUAGUUGUUUAACACUUCCACAAGAUUCCAUUUCUAGUAUUGUAAUGGAAGUUCACUCACAAAAUGAAAGAUUAUUUGUCCUUUCGAAUAGUUUGAAAAAUACAAUUGUGACUCACUUACCAUUCUUCAAUCAACAAAGUUUAGUUUUGGUUGUGAAAAUGAUCAAUGAAUUUGGAACUGUGAGUGAAUUUAGAAAUAACUUGCCAUCUCUAUUGCCAGAAAAAAUUGAUAUUUCGAAUAAUUCACUUCUUUCUAGAAUUAAUUAUGUCAGUAAUGAAUUUGCUGCACUGAGACAAUCCAAACCACUGACUGUAGAUACAAUUAAUUCUGUAAAUGCCUUAAUAUCAUUAAUUACUCAAGACGAAACUUUGAAUAAUGUCGCCGAAAGAAUAAUCUCACAAGAUGCAAAGAGAGAAGCAGUUUCCAUUCUUAUUGAUAUGUUGAGUGCUCUGAAAGAUAUUCCUUCAUUAAGCUACAACGCUGAUGAAAAGAUUGUUCAAUUAAUUCUGCCUUCAAUUUCGACUAUCUUUAAUCUAUUAGAAAAGUUCUCAGUUUCAACUAGUUCUGAAAUAGUUUGGUGGAUGGACUGGAUAUUCGCUUCUAUGAAUCAAGCACGUUCCUAUUAUUCCUCCAAUGUUUACAAAACUCUGUUAGAUUCAAAGAACUUUGAUGAAAUUUCAAGUUUAAUGACCAUUCUUUCGAACACUUUUUCCAAUAACGCAACAAAGCAAGGAGAAUUAGCCAAGUAUCAUUUAGAUUACUACAAACUCACAGGAAAAUCCUCCUCUGAUGGAUUAAUCUCCACUCAAAUCCUUCAACUUGAAAAACAAUUCAAUUCCAAAUCAGUUUCCAUUUCCAAAGAUUUGUUGAAUGUGAAAAUUACCUUCCCAAGCAAAUUUUCAGAACAAGUUCAAAAUUUAGGAUCAAAAUCUAUGAUUUUCUAUGCCUUAACAAUGAUUACCAAUGACACCAAUGAUGGAAAUAUUCUUUCAGUGAGGCCAUCUUUGGAUUUGUCAAUUUAUGACAAGAAUGGAAAUGGAGUGAAGGUUGACAAUCUGGCAGAUCCUAUUAUUUUCAAAUUUGAAGGACUUGUUACAGCUAACAAGACUGGUAUCAAUGCAUCCUGCGUCUUUCUUGAUAAUUCGAAAAGUUGGUCUCAAUCAGGAAUUAGCAGCUCUGUAACUAUAACAAAACGAAAUGGAGACUUGUUAUAUUUUGAUUUAGAAUGUCAAGUAUCCCACCUCAGUUUAUUCACCAUUCAAGAAUUACCAUAUAUUAUCAACCCAGCAAUUCCUCCAAUAGUUACAGAACCAUCUUCACCAAUUUCCGAAUUGAGUAAUAACAGAAAUCCUGAUAAUGCUCAACAAGGAAUGGAUACAGGUGCUCUUGCAGCAGCUAUUGCAGUUCCAGUUGCAUUUGUUGUUAUUCUAAUUAUCAUUAUUGUUAUCAUUCUCUUGAUUUGCAUUGUUUGGAGAAUGAAAAAGAAACAACCAAGAACGGAAACUCUUUCCAAUGUUGCUACUAUCAACUCUGGAGAUAUUGAAUUAGUCUAUGAUAAUCUUCCAACUCAAGCAUAUUACUUAAAACCAAGCAGUGGUUACAGUUUCCAAUUAGAAAAUGCCUUCAUCAGUGCUGAAUUCAAUCCUCACUUGAGAUAUACCAAUAUUGCAAGAAUUGGAAGUGGAAAUGUCUUUAAAGUAAUCGAUUCUGUCAAGAAUUGUUCAAAAGCAAUCAAAAUUGUCAAAUACAAAUCUGAGGAAGAUGUGAACAAAUUCCUUAAUCAAGCCGUUCAUCUACUGAAUACUACCAAUCCAAAUAUUUGUAAAAUUAAUGAGAUUUUCGUGAGUACAAUAGAUCAAAAGAUUUGCAUUGAUAUGGAUUAUUUCGAAAUGGGUGAUUUCAGCAAGUUGACUAAUCGAAACUUUAAUGUUUCUGAAAAGUUAGUGAAACAGAUCAUUUUUCAAAUAUGUACAGGUUUGGAAUAUUCACAUUGUGUUGAAAAAUGCAUUCAUGCAAACAUCAAACAUUCCAAUUUACUCAUCAAGAGUUUGGAUAACGAUAAUAUUCAUGCAUUAAUUUCAGAUUUUGGAUAUGGAGUUUUUGGAACGAAAGUAAAUCCAAUCUUUUCAUCUCCAGAAAUAGUGUCUGUAUACAAACACUACUUUAAUGCAGAUAUCUUUAGUUUGGGAGUAGUUAUGUAUCAGAUCAUGACCAAAGACAUAACCACGUCAAUCUCCGAAUUGUAUGGACAUAGAGAUGAGAAAGAAGUUGUGCAAAUGCUGAGAAAGACAUUGGUGGAAAGAUAUUCGAACGAAAUUAUCGAUUUAGUAUUGAGCAUGCUUGAAAAGGAUAAUUUAACAAGGCCUCAAGCUCAGGAUGUUCUUUCGCAUUCUUUACUUGCAGAAUUUAAAAAAAAGAAGUAA